AUACAAACUAGACAUUUACGCUACAUGCUUUUAAAAAAAAUACUUUAAACAAUCUUGAAUCCAGAUUACUGUUUUCCAUUUGUUUCAGUAGAUAUUGUGGCAUGUUGUCACUUUGAAAUAGACUAAUGAAAUCAUUUUUGUCACAUAUUUAUCUUCCUGACCGUACAAUAGUAUAAGUUCUGGUAUAUUCAUCGAUGUAAAACAUAUUUAAUUAGCGGAGUAAAUAAUUAAAACCGUGUUUUAUACCGCUCAUAAAUGUUACUAAUGUGUAGUUUUAGUCAUUUUGAAAGAAAACUACAACUCCCAUGAGUGGCUAAAGCACUGACGUAAAAGCUUCAAAUCUGAUUGGCUGUUUUUUACCCAUGUGAUCAUAGUGGACCAAUGGGGAAGAGGCUCGAGCCAACCCGGAAGUAACGAGGAAAGAGCAGGCGGCACGAACGUGAAUGUCAAGUGAGAGUAAAUCCUCACAUUUGACUCCUAAAUCCUCACAUUUGACUCAUAAAUGUCGCCCACACUUUUAGUUUGACGUUUAAAGGAGAGCGACACGUGUGCUUUUGAUUGGUUUGGAGGCCGGGAUGUUGUCAAGAUGCUCUGGACUUGAUGUGUGCAGAAGAGCACUUUUCACUUUCAGACAUUUUUCUAGGAAAACAACAAAGAAGCUGAGAGUUUCUGAAGCAGUCUCAGGAUCUUCAGUGGGAGAAAACAUUCAAGUUUGUGGAUGGCUUGGUUCCGUCAGAUCGCAGAAGGCCAACUUGUUCCUGGACGUGAACGAUGGAAGCUGCCUGCAGUCACUGCAGGUGGUGGCCAGUCCCCAGCUGGACCACCCAUCGCUGACUUUUGGGAGCGCAGUGGAGGUCCGAGGAACCCUGCAGGAAAGUCAGCACCCGAAACAAGCGGUGGAGCUCCAAGCAGAGCACAUUGGCGUGGUUGGAGAAUGUGACCCUGUGGACUUCCCCUUUAAGAGUAAAGGGCGACACAAGCUGGAGUACAUCCGCCAGUUCCCACAUCUUCGCAGCAGAACCAAGGCCUUCAGCUCCCUGCUGAGGAUUCGGAGCGAGGCCACGUCUGCCAUCCACUCAUACUUCAAGGAAAAUGGCUUCCUGCACGUUCACACGCCCAUCAUCACCUCCAACGACUGUGAAGGAGCAGGGGAACUCUUUCAGAUUCAGCCUUCCUGGCCAGAGAAAGAGGAUCACAACUUCUUCUCGGUUCCAACCUACCUGACCGUGUCUGGGCAGCUCCACCUGGAGGUCAUGUCAGGGUCAUUUUCCAAAGUCUACACUUUCGGGCCGACUUUCCGUGCCGAGAACUCCCAGAGUCGUCGCCAUCUGGCCGAGUUCUACAUGGUGGAGGCGGAGGUGGCCUUCACGCAGUCCAUACAGGACCUGGUCAAGGUCAUGGAGGACAUGUUCAGGCGGACUACUGAGCACGUGCUGUCCUGCUGCGCGCGCGACGUUGAUGUGUUCCACAAGCACGUGACACCAGGACACAGGGAUGCUGUGGAGGACAUGUUGAAGGAGCGCUUCCUCGUGAUGACUUACAGCGAGGCCAUAGACAUCCUACAGCGCAGCUCGCAGACGUUCAUCUACCCAACAAAGUGGGGCUGCGACCUUCAGACGGAGCAGGAGAAGUACCUGGUCAAACACUGCGGCCAGCGUCCGCUCUUUGUCACCGACUACCCCUACCGCCUCAAGCCCUUCUACGCCAGAGACAACCUGGACCGUCCCGAGCACACGGCCGCCGCCGUGGACCUGCUGGUGCCGGGCGUGGGGGAGCUGUGUGGAGGCUCCUUGAGGGAGGAGAGGCUGCACCUGCUGACCGCUCGUCUGCAAGAAGUGGGACUAGAAGACACCUACAGCUGGUAUUUGGAUUUGAGGCGCUUUGGCUCCGCCCCACACGGCGGCUUCGGGAUGGGGUUUGAACGAUACCUGCAGUGCAUUCUGGGAGUGGACAACAUCAAAGACGUGAUUCCUUUUCCCAGAUUUUCACACUCGUGUCUUCUGUAGGCUUGUAUACCGAGCACUGCUUCCUCAUUGGCUCCGUCCAGGAAGACCUUUUAGAUUCUGGACCACACCUGGGCAAAGAUCAUUAUUUUUAGACCUUUAACAUGGAAACUGUAGGCGCCAUUAUAAUGUGCUGUGUUCAAAUCACCGUAAGUCUUCAACUAUAGAAAGUAUUCCAAUGGUUGCAGUCCCUGCUUUUGACUUGUUACGGUAAUCUACGUCACAGCAGUCCUAGGCAGAGUGGGCAGGCUUUGUUUACAGGGCAGUCAGACCGAGACACAGGUGUCAGGGACAGAGGCGGAGGCAGAUUUUUACAACAAAGUUCUGCAAAAAAGUGAUAUUCUAUCAAAUUGUUCGUUUUUGUCCGCUGUUUUUGUUGCAUUUUUGCUGUGUUUAGCUUGAUUGUUAAAAUAUAUUGACAUUCAUCUGUAUGUUGUUAAUAUUCAGUGUUUUAUCCAUCAUAGUAAGUAUUGUAAAUCCUACAUUCUUUGCUUGUACAUUCUGAGUGUCGCAUUCAGUAAAAAAACAUAAAAUGAUAUUCCUUUUUUUAAGGUGGUUUGUCAUAACGUAUUUAAAUUCUAUCAGACAUGAUUGUGACUUUUUGUAUGAGUGUUGUUACCACCUGUUUGUUUAGUUUAAGGGUGUCUUUUGGGUUGACUUCCUGUUUAGUGCUCUUUAUUUUGGAUUUUGUCACUCCUUAACCUGCAAGUUGCCUUCUGCCUUUUUGAGGUGACGACCAAAGAGAGCACACCUGACAGAAUGAUCCCGCCAACGAAAGUGGACGGGCUUAAAUCGGCCUCUUACACCAGGUGGGAUAAUCAGUACAAACAAGCCACAGGUGAGGGGGAAGCGCUGCGAAGCAGAGUAAAGCUGCUGCAGACUGAAUACAAACAAAACACGGAAGUGAACCCAAAAAAACACCAGAAAGACGCUCAUAAACUAAAGAAAGAACGACCUGAUGAAACGGGUUGUAACAAGUGUUGUGUUUAGACAAAUUAUACAGCUGUCAGUGUUUAUUUUUGUAUUAUCCAGCAGACCAUGCAGGUAAUUACGACAAUCCGUUCAGGUGGCGUGGCGACGCAUAAAUAAAGACACGGGUAUAUGCAAUAAUCAGACUGUAAUGACAAAUAAGGAAGCAACAGCACACAAAAGUUUGCAACACAACAUCAGGGACGGCGUGGCGAAGUUGGUAGAGUGGCUGUGCCAGCAAUCGGAG